ACAUGGUUUGUUGAGGGAAAAACCAUGAACGCCUCGCUUAACUUCUCCAGCGUGGAUUCGGACGCCGAAAGGAUGGUGCAGUUCCACCACCGCUCCGUCAAGGUGAGCGUGAUCAUCGCUCUGGGGGUGAUGAUCACUUUGGGGAACAUCGCGGUUCUCCUGGUGAUCACGUCCACCGUGUCGGGCUGGUCGAGGAGCUCCCGCUAUUUCCUGCUCUCCCUGACGGUCGCGGACUCCGCCUUUGGACUGCUGGUCAUGCCCUUGAACCUGUGGGUGAGUCUCCUGAAGGACUACACGGACGGGCCCGACCAGCUGUGUCACCUGGUGGCCUUUUGCAACGCUACCGUGUACUCGACGUGCAUGUACACGCUGGCCACCAUCAGCCUGGAGAGAUACAUCGCGGUGCUCUAUCCCCUCAAGUACUCGUCCAUGAUGACCAGGAGGCGGACUUUGCUCCUGAUCGCCUUCUCCUGGUGCUUCCCACCGUGCCUCCUGGCGCCCAUAUGCUUCCCGAAUGGCAUCAUCCAGGUCCACUUCUCCAACGCGUCGCUGGUCUGCAACCCAUCCUAUUCCACCAACGUGGGCUACUCGCUGAGCUUGGCCUGUGUCAUCUUUUUCCCGUGCUCAGCGGUCAUGACCUACGCCAACAUUCGAGUGUGGUGCGCUGCCCGGAGACAGAGCCGCAAACUGCGCCAGUUCAAGCGCGCGCACCGGAGGAGACACAACGUGGCCUCCAGGGUGUUGGUGCCAGUCAUGGCUGCUUACUUUACUUGCUGGACGCCGUGCAUUGCGGCUAUGAUCUACAACGCACUGUCAGGGAGCUCAGUACCAGAGUGGCUAGAAUUUGUGGUGGUCUGGCUACCAACGUCCAAUGGUUUCCUCAACUGCAUCUUCUACUUUUGGAUCAACAAAAGCUUCCGACAAAAAUUCCACCUCAUCAUGCACAGACUGGCUCACGCCCUCUGUCCGUCACUGGUCAAUACUCUGGGAUGGUGCGGAGCAUCCGAGAUUGCAAUUGGCUCAAGCUCUCUGGACAACCAAGCCCAGGAGCGCUCAUCAAGUGUUUCCUCCACCUGCACGCUGAUGACCUUAGCCUAGUCGCUCUCAGGAGAGGACUUGUGCUUUUAUUUGGCAGAAGCUACACAAAGUGGACUGGAGUUGACAUGCAAAUGUUUAGUUGCUCUUACUAGGCUGUGAUGACACGGGUUGCAAUAACAUGUACUGUAAAAUAUCAUUUGCUUUAUAUUUGUUUUAUUUCUUUUUAUUUCCUAGCAUUCAGUUGAAAGAUUGUGUUCUGUUUAUAACUUCUGUGGAUUUUUGUUUGUCCAUUUGUUUUGUUUUGUUUUAUUUCCCCCAACCCAGCCACAGUGUGGUAAGGACCGAAUGUACCUCUUUAACCACCUUUCAGUAGUUUUAGAUUGAGGCUCCAGCCUAGCCUGCGCAGCACGUGCCAACUGUCUUUAUUAAACAUUGCGACGAAAAUUUUGUAUUUUAAUGUCCUAUUCCGUAGACGUCCAUUCGUUUGCCCGAGUACGUGACUGUGAAUACAUUGAAGGAUGUUUGCUGCCCGCCUCAUCCUCAUUUUUAAAUGCGGGGAUGGGAGAUGUUGACAUAUAACAGCUGUGAGAGGUUAACCUUUAAGUCACGCCGUUUGAGUGUAUGCAAGGAGAAAAAUAAUUAAGCUGUGACACUGUAGAAAGGUCACCACGGCUGUGCUGCCAGAAGAUUACUUGGGUAACUUCUUAGGUAGUAUGUUUUGCUGCGAAAGCGCCUCAUCUGUACAUCUAACGUCGGCCACCCGGGGGGGGGGGGGGCCUCGUGCAGGUGACGUCUGCUGUGAACACUGCUUAUGAUGCAAGGGAAGGCGACCAACACAGAACUUCCAUUUUCAACUACUAUUAAAUGUGUUUUAGCCUUUGCGUUGUGUUACGCCAUCAUGGAGACCCUUCACACUUUUGUGCAUUCAAAAAACUCCAUUACUUGUAAGAUUUUUGUUUAAAUUAUUUUUGUAUGUGAAAUAAGAGAUUAACUUUUGAUA